CUUUUUGUCAUUGAUCGAUCGAAUUGAGUCAUUUCACAUUUUCAGGCUUCAUAGUAAUACUAAUAGGCCCGUUUCGAUAACUACAAAGUAGUUGUAGAUUUUUGCUCUGGUCUGAUUGCUUUGAAGACGGUGUAGAAAAGCACAGCACACAGAGGGAAAUGGAGUCAGUAAAACCCAAGCCUAAGACCAAGGAAAAGAAGCGGAAGCCAGCUGUUGAGAAGUAUCUCAGAGGCAGCAAACCUGAAUCGAAGGGUUUGUAUGACAAGAAGCUCCGUGCGCGGAUACAGGCAGAUGAGAAGCUCAACCAGGAAGUGGCCAAACGUGAUGCGUGGCGGGAGUUGCUCAUGCCAGAGGAAGCUGGGUUUGUGGAAGCAGAGGGAGGAUUAGAGAAAACAUACAAAUUCCAGCAGAAGGACAUCACAACUGCUGUUGAUGUUGCAAGUGCACGGAAGCACUUCAAUCUCAGUUUAGAAGACUUUGGACCGUAUCAGUUGGAUUACAGCAGAGAUGGCAGGCAUCUUCUACUUGGUGGUCGCAAAGGACAUGUUGCUCUCAUGGAUUGGCAGUCACAUAAGCUUGAGUGUGAGUUUCAUCUCAACGAGACUCUGCGGUGCCUCAGGUUUCUGCACGUGCACAACAUGUUUGCAGUUGCUCAGAAGGAAAAUGUGUACAUUUACGACAAUGAGGGUACGGAAAUGCAUCGCCUUCAGCAGCACAAGCAUGUGACCAGCAUGGAAUUCUUGCCGUACCACUUCCUGUUGGCCACUGGGAGCACAGAUGGUCACCUUCGCUACAUGGACACUUCUAUUGGAAAGCUGGUUGCUGACCAUAAUGUACGGCUAGGUCGACUCAGCUGUAUGACGCAGAAUCCACACAGUGCUGUUAUUCAUUUGGGUCAUCAGAACGGUGUUGUGUCACUAUGGACACCAAACUCUGGCAAGCCCCAGGUCCAGAUGCUAUGCCAUCGCGGGGCAGUCGGUGAUGUAGCAAUUGAUCGAUCUGGAACGUAUAUGGUGACGAGUGGUGUUGACUGCCUAUUAAAGGUCUGGGACCUUCGCACAUACAAGCAGCUGCACUUUUACAGAACUCCCCAGCCAGCUAGAUCUAUCUCAAUUAGUCAGCGAGGUCUUCUGGCUGCCGGAUGCAACACGGAUGUCCGGAUUUGGAGAGAUGGACUGAGCAGUAAGGCAUCAUCAACAUACCUACAGCAUCACUUCACCGGACUGCACAUCAACGAAGCGCAGUUCUGUCCAUAUGAAGAUGUUAUCGGCAUCGGCCAUAGUGGCGGUUUUUCCAGUCUCUUAGUUCCAGGUGCCGGUGAGGCAAACUUUGACGCUCUCGAGCACAACCCCUUCCAGACCAAACGGCAAAAGCAGGAGAAAGAAGUCAAACAACUGCUGGAAAAGCUGCCUCCUGAUCUGAUCACUCUGGAUACAACAGCAGUUCAUCAGAUAGCCAAGGCUGACACAGAGGACCUAGAUGAGCUGCAUGAGCGAGAUCACUUCAAGCCAAGGCACCGUACAAAGGGAAAGAGCUCGGCAGCAAACCGCUUCCGACGGAUCCAGGCUGUGCGGGAUCGAGAGCGACGGGAUCGCAUUCGCAAAUCUUCCAAGAAGUAAACCGUGAGCGCCACUUGCUCUACUGCUCAUCUUCUAGUCUGGGAUAGAAGUGGAUACCGGUACAUCCGUGUGUAUGUGUGUGCAUGCAUGUAGCUUCGGCUACCCCAGCUGUAUAGUGUUUUCUUUGUACAUAUGAGUCCUUGACAUCUGAACAUAGCUCCAUCCCACCCCUGUAAAGUGUGUGUACUUACUUCAAUCUUUCCUUUGUACAUAUGCUCCAAAAUCGUGAAGUGUGUAUUAACUUUGUUUGACCUUGUGUGCUUCCCUCUGUAUAUGUAUUUUCUUUCUACUUCAAGAAGACUUUUUUAACAACCUCUUGUAGUUGAAAGUCCAAACUACUACCUAUCAUAGCUGUGUGUCACUUGAUCAUUGGUUCCUGCUUCCA